GCGGAAACAUCGUCAUACAUGAUAUUUCCCGCGCUACAACCUGCUUGUCUGAUAUACAAUCGUAGCUACAAAUUGUGCACAGCAAAAUCUUUCGAAAUGGCAGUUUUCGAGUUACAAAAAGCCAGGAUUAACUCUGAUAUGCUGUCUCGAUAUAUCAGCAGGCCGAUUUGCUUCGUUGGACGCGUUGAGAAGAUCCACCCAACGGGAAAAUCAUUCAGUCUUUCGGACGGAGAAGGGAAGUCUGCAUCAGUGGAACUCAACGAGCCCCUUGAUGAGGAGCUGAGCGGGGUGGUGGAGGUGCUUGGUAUGGUGUCCAACAAAGGGACAAUAAUGGCCUCUGCAUACAACAUACUCAGAGAAGACAAAGGCAUUCCUUUCGACCUGGAGCUGUACAAUGAUGUCCUGAAAGUCAUCCACGAUUUCCCCCAGCACUAUCCAUUUGAAAUAGCCACCAGUGGAUGAGCACUUUGCACUUAUUCAUUACUUCCUAAAGAUCAUUGUCAACAUGAUCUUGUUUGCCAUUUUUUAAAUAUACUUGUAUAUGAGUGUUAAAUGGAUAUGUACAGUUUCUUAUAUUUCUUCAUAUGGAAAAUAAAAAUGAAUGCUUUUAUAACUGUCUGUUUUAGUCAUUACAACAAGAUUCAUUAAUAAACCCCAAAUAAGCCGUG